UUUCUUUCCUUUCUUUCCUCCACCACUGCAUGUGACGUGCCUUUUCCUCGUCAUUUUCUUUCUGUUAUCCACUUUCAACCGGGAGUACCAGUUUUCCUAUCACAACAGCUUUAAUCUUGAUUUAAUUUUAUUGCCAUAAUGCUCUUUCGAUGAAGAUACCAUCUCUUGAUAAUCAGUAAUGAAUUUACUAUCGCUCGUUUUCGGCUUUCUAGCCCUCCUCAGCCUCUUCCUCCCCGCCUCGGCCGUCCGACUCAUCGAAUCCAACGCCCUGAAUAUCUGUCAAGACAGCUCGAAUUUCACCGCAACCUAUUUCAAUGUCCUCUUUACUCCUGAUAACCGAACUCUGACCUUCAGUUUCGAUGGCGUAGCCUCCAUCUCUGGCAAAGUCACCGCCGACCUCAUCCUGUACGUCUACGGAUAUGCGAUCCCCCAGGACACGAUCGAUCCGUGCAAGACGGACAAGAUGAAGGGAUUCUGUCCUAUGAAUGCCGGUCCCAUCGAUGUUCCGACCGCCUCGAUCGAGGUCGGGAAGGAUGUCGUCAGCCAGAUUCCCGGCAUCGCAUAUACCGUCCCUGACCUUGACGCUACCGUCCGGAUCUACGUCAACUCCAGCGCAACCGGCGAGAGCAUCACCUGCGUCGAGGCGCGCCUCUCCAACGACAAGACAGUCUACCAGGCCGGAGUCGGCUGGACCACGGCCAUCAUCUCGGGACUGGGACUGGCCGCGUCGGCAUUCACCUCCACGCAGGGCCAUUCCAACGCGGCGGCCCAUCUGGCCGGCAACACCCUCGCGCUGUUUAGCUUCGUGCAGGCGCAGGCCAUGGUCGGGAUGCUGGCGGUGCACAUGCCGCCGAUGGUGCAAUCGUGGACGCAGAACUUCCAGUGGAGCAUGGGGGUGAUUCGGGUCGGCGCGGUGCAGAAGAUCGGAACGUGGUACCAGCGGUCGACGGGGGGCAUGCCGUCGACGCUGCUGACGCAGUUGUCCACCACGUCGGUGAAUGUGCUGAAGAAGCGGAAGCGCGCUGUGGCUGAGAGCCCGACGAAUGUGAUUGUCCGGGGGAUCAAGCGCGUGGGGCUCAAGGCUGCGAUCGAGGAUACGAACCUGUUCUUGACGAGUAUUAUUAUCUUCACCUUCUUUGCUUUGGUGAUUAUGAUCGUCGUCCUGCUGAUGAAAGUGGUCUGCGCGGUGCUGGCGAAAAAGGGACGGACGGGUCCGGCAUGGGGGUACUUCCUUGCGGAAUGGGACGUCGUGGCCCGCGGGGUUUUGUACCGUCUGGUCUUCAUCGGCUUUGCGCCGCUGAGCAUCUUCUGCCUGUGGGAGUUCACGCAGCACGACUCGUCGGCGGAGAUCGUGGUGGCGGCCAUCAUCCUGGCCUCGGUCAUCGGGGCGCUGGUCUGGGCCGCGCUCAAGAUCAUCCUGCUCAUGCGCAAGUCGAUCGCAAUGCACCGCAACCCCGCCUACGUUCUAUACUCAGACACCACCUGCCUCAACCGCUGGGGCUUCCUGUACGUGCAGUACCGCGCCACCGCCGCCAGCUUCGUCCUGGUCAUGAUCGGCUACCUCUUCGUCAAAGCACUGUUCAUCAGCCUGGGGCAGUCAGUGCCGAUCGUGCAGACGGUGGCACUGCUAGUCAUCGAGGGCCUGAUGCUGAUCGGGGUGAGCGUCGUGCGGCCGUGGAUGGACAAGCGCACCAACACGUACAACAUCGCCAUCGCGGCGGUCAACUUCCUCAACGCCAUUUUUGUGCUCUUUUUCUCCGGCGUGUUUGACCAGCCGGGGAUCGUCUCGGGGGUUAUGGGGGUGUGCUUCUUCGUGAUCAACGCGGCGCUAACGCUGAUUUUGAUACUCUUGGUCAUCUACGCGUCCGUCGUGGCCGUCAUCUCCAAGAGCCCUGAUACGCACUACAAGCCUAUGCAGGAUGACCGCGGCUCCUUCAUCCAGUCCAAGGUGCGGCUGGGGUCGGAGCUGGAUGACCUAGGCGCUGCGGCUAGGGGGGACAUGGCCGAAAUCAAGUCUUGAUUUACCUAUUUGUAUAUUUGUACAUACAUGCAAAUGCCAAAUCAAUGAGGACUAAUCCUCAUUCGAGUCAAAAUGCUCGCGAGCCCACGGACUCCGCAACCGGACCACCCGGCCCAUGUAGAAAAAACACAAACGGGAUGGGCACGAGGAAAAUAGUUGUCAUUUCUUUGUCAUCAUUUUGAUCCUUUGCCGAUGUUGCAUAUAAAUCAGCAGACCAGUGUGUGACUACUGCACAACACACUGCUGACUAUCUUCGACUAGCUUCUUCUCGCAGCCCUCUUCGAUCAAUGGAUUUCUCUCGGCACGGCAGAUCAACGUGAGAUUCUCGGGUUUUCCUCGUGACUUCCAUCAACGACCUUCUCCGAAACCGAGUAUACCAGU